AUGAUGAAAAAUAAUCCAAAUGGGAAUAUAAUUGAUGGAAGCUGUGAGAAUCAUCAACGUCAGAUCACAUCACUGGAAGCAAAUUUGAGGCUGCAUCGUGAGCAACUGGCAAUGAAAGAUGUGCAACUUCGGCAACUUGAAGAAGAAAUUGGAAACGCUCAUCGAUGCAAUCAGCAGCUGAACGCGAAACUUGGUUCAAUGGCUACCAUAAAUAGCGCCAAUUUGCUAAAUCAAGAAAAAGAGCUCAAAAAAGCUCUCAAAGAGCGUACUUCAGAAUGCGAUUCGCUGAAAAAGAAGGUGGAAAAAUUCGAGAGAGACCGGCAGCAAUGGGAAAAUCAGAAGCGGGUAUUGGAAGCAAAGCAACCAAUGGAUGUCCAGAUGCUGCAAGGCCAAAAACGGGAACUAACUAUGCAACUGGAUCGAGAACAGGCCGAAAAACAAGAGCUUUUCUUGCAGAUUAAUAGCUUAAUAGCACAGUUAGCAGAUGCAAAUAGAGAUAACACAGACCAUCAGGAAUGUAAUUUGUUGAAAGAUGAGAAUGAAAAAUUAAAGAAACAGAUCACCGAUAUUCUGGCCAUUCAAUCGCAACUUAAUACAGACGUGCAUAAUUUGCAAGAAGAAGUGCGAUGCAAGAAUCAGGAAGUAGAAAAUGCUCAAGAUGAAUCAAAAAGACUUCGUUUGAUUAUGAACAACGAGAAGAUCCAACUAGAAAAUAGUAUUGAGGAAUUGCAGCGCGAUUUACAGAUGAAAUCAGCUGCAUUGCAAAGCUUAAUGCUUGCUAAACAGGAUAUCAAAACGAAUGAAGCAGACUCAGCAAUGAUAAUUCGAUUAACAGUGGAAAAUGAAGAACUGCGAGGUCAGAUUGAGGAAAUCAGGAAUGAGGUCAAGGGACGCGUUUCCGAUAUUGAGGAGGUGAAAUUAGAAAAUGAGAAAAAACUCAAAAAUCUUCAAAUCGAGUUGGAUUCCAUGCGGGAAAAUGCAAAAGAGAAGGAAGCGGAAUUGUUCAAACAGAGUGAUGAAAUUGGAAAGUUGCAAAGUGAAUUGAAUUCCGCACUAGAAAAUAUGCAAAAGGGAGAAGCUGAAUUAUCGUUCAUGCGAAACAAUGAAGUACACGAAGUGUCGCAGCUUCGAGAGGCUUUGGAGAAAUAUAAAUUAGACGCGGGAAAAAUAAGUGAACGAUUGGAGGAAAGCCAGAGAAAUUUAGCAGAAUGUGAGGAAAAGUGUGAUGCUUUGAAAAAGGACGCCGAAGCAAAACUUAUGCGGGAAAGCAAUUCUUUGGCGGAUGUUAGAAAGAAAUAUGACGAAGAAAUAAGACAACAAGAAACGAAAUUUAAUAAUCUGAAGCAGAGUUUAAAAGUGGAGGAAAUGCGAACACAAGAAGCAGAACAAGAAGCAAAAAGUUGUCGGUUAAAAAUCACUGAUCUAGAAGAGGAAUUAAAAGUUUUGAGGAUACAAACUGAUAAACAGCGUGGUGUUGAUGAACAGAUGCGGUUAUUGCGCGAAGAACUAAAACAGGCGAAACACAAGAUAACUGUUCAGGCUGCGGAUCUAGAAAAAGCUGAAACAGAUGCUGAUGAAGCAGAACGUUCCUCUCGGGAAACUAUUGAUGAACUCGAAGAGGAAGUUCGGUCUCUCCAAGAAAAACUGAAAAUUCUAGAAAUUGAUGAAAAGAAACAGAGCAAACGUCUGUUAAUGGUUGAACAGGAAAUGAUGAAAAGUCAAGAAACUAGCGAAAAAUACGAAAGGAAGUGUGAAAUGCUGAUGAAGGAACUUGAGGAAGUUCGUGCUGCUUUCAUUGAUACCAAUGCAAUCCUGGAGACAUUCAAAGCUGAAAAUGAGAAGCUGCUAGCGAAAGCAAGUUUAGAAGAUGAAGUGCUCACCUUAGCUACUUCACUGCAGUCAGCUCGCGAUGAGAUCAGUAUAAAGCAUGAUGAAAUCGCAAAACUCCGAAAGGAAUUGCGUGAGGUACAUGAAGAAAAUGAGCGUUUGUUGAUGGAUGUUGAUGUACAAACUCAAACAUUGCAACAAGAUGCUCAAUCAGCUCGAUCUGAAGGUGAUGAAGCGAGAAAAGAAAUGGAAAAAUGUAAGAGUGACAAAAGUGUUCAGCAGCAGGAGAAUGGCCUCAUUUUGGUUGAGCUUAGAAAUGAAAUUUCGAAACUUGAAGAACAAGUGAUUGAAAAGGAGAGAAUGCUUGGAGAUUUAGAAUCGAAAUAUCAGAAAAUGUUAAUUAAUGCAAAGCAGCAACACGAACAGCAGAUUACUGAGCUAAAUAAAGAAGUGGAAAGAUUGAAAGCUUCUGAAAGCGGUAAAAUUGAUGAACUCAAUGCUGUAAUGAUGAAUCUGAGGAAGGAAUUAGCUGUCAAGGGCGGCAGUGUUGCACCUUUCAGAAUUAAUCAACAUCGUGAAUUUCAAAGCAGAGAGGCACAAGAUCUGGAUUUGAGUCCAAGAUCUGAUUUCGAGGAGAAAUUGGCUACUUUAAAAGAAUGCAUAGCUGAUGUACUUGAGGAAAAAUUAUUUUUCGAACAGAAUGACUGUCAACCAAUAAUGGUCAACAAAGCUGUUCAAACAAAGACGGAAGUAGAGGAGGGGAGACAUAUCAUUUCCGUGAAUAACGACGAUGAAGAAGAAACAGUGAAGCGUGUAGAUAAAGAUAGUCUGUUGCUAAAACGAGACGAAUGUAAUCAUGCAAACAGGAGUUGUGGCACUACCACUGAACAAAUUUGGAUGUCCAAAUCAAAUAGUGAAGUUUGGAGUCUAAGAGCGGAGUUAGCUUUUUUGAAAAAACAAAUAAAAGAAGACGAAAUGGACAGUAAGUACCUUCAGAAGCAUAUCAGAGUGCUACAAGCGACUGUGCAAGAAAAUAAAGAAAUUUUGGAUUUGAUUAAAGAAACGGAAAAAGAUAUAAAGAGCAAUGAACUUGAAACCAAAGAAUCUUUGAAUCCAUUUGAGGAACAGAUUGAAAAAUUAAAGACGGAGUUAGUAAAUGUCCAAGAAUGCCGAGAACAUCAUAAACGCGAAGUAGACCAGAGAGAUUUGGACAUUGUUAGUUUGAAGAAAGAUAUUGAAAAUUUAAUAAACGAUAUGAGAUCUUGCAAAACACGUCUUCAAGAAAGCAAUCGUUUGGAAGAAAGAAACAGAGUAGUCGAGUUUGAAAAUAAAAACCUUCUCGAUGAAUGUUCAUCACUGAAAGCAAAGUUGACGGAAUUAAAGGAGCAACUUGUUGAAGUGGAAAAUGAAAAUACUAAAAAGCACGUUGAGGAAGUGAAGGAUCUUAAUGAACAACUGGAUAAAGCUCGUCAGGCCUGUAAAUUAUCAGAGGCAGAAAUGGAUCGAUUGCGAGAGCAAUCUGAGAAUCUGUCAAAAGAAGUGAACCAUUUAAGAAACUUUUUAAAUAUCGCUAAUACGGAGAAAGAACGAUUGAAAACAGAAGCAUUCGAACGACUGAAGGAAAUGGAAUGGCUGUCGCGUGAACGGACAGAGCUAGAAGUAACUCGACAACAGCUAGAUGAAGCGAUAGCGGAAGGUGAGCGUCAAGCUCGGGAAUUAGCAAGAUUAAAAGUUCAAGCUAAGGGUGAUCAAGACUUGGAAAGAGAUCAGCAACAAGAGCUCCGUGAUUUGCGCCAACAAACUCAGACCGUCGAGGAAAAGUGGAAAUUGGAAUGCAAGAAGAGCGAAGCGGAUGCGCAAGGUGCCAAAAUAGAACUUGAAAAACUAACUAAAACAAAUGAAACAUUCAUUGGCAACAUCAAAAGGCUUACUGAUGAGCUCGAAGUUGAACGAAAACGAAUUAUCGAUUUAGGUAUCGAGAAAGUGCACCUUCUGAGCGAAAUUGAACAGCUCAAAAAUGAACUCGACACACUGAAAACAAGAAAUACACUAAAAGAGGAUUCACCAAAAAUGAAAAGAAAGUUAAGCGAAUUAAUGGCUGAGAAUGCUCGCCUGACGAGCGAACUGUUAAAGGAACAUAAUCCAUUAGAUGAAGAACUGAGUAAGCAAAAUCAGCAAAUGGAAGGAUUGUUAAAAAAGCAUGAUGAACGUUGGGAAUACGAGGAGAAAUUGCUACCGCAAGAAAAUCGAGAGGAAUUGAGAAAGCUUACGGAGGAUUACGAGAGACGGUUGCAGCGGUGUAACGAAGAGUGGACAAUAAAGUCGAAUAAUCAAGAGGAAAUACUGAAACGAGAAAUGAAGAGGGUGAAGGAUGAGAAUGAAGAAUUACGAAGUCAAAACGAAAGGAUACGAAAAGAAAUGGGUGAGAUACAGCGAGAAAUGGAAGGGAGCAAGCAAAUAUCAGAAGAACCGGAUAUUGAGAAAAGAUUAAACGAAUCGGAGGGUAACUUGUCCAGGUUGAAGGCAGUAUGCAACAUUCCCACACCACCACCUCGUAAAAGAAUUGGAAGUGAAAUAACCGAUGGAGUGUUACAAUUAUCGCUAGCGGAAGAAAAUAAGAAAUUGAAGAAAGAUAUCGAAAUGCAGCAUAGGUUGGUCGUCGUUCUCAGGCGGAAAUUACAGUCCAUGCAGCAACAGCAGCAAUAAUAACAACAGAGAUGCAACCUAUAGUGCAUUCCUUUCAAAAGUUUAUUGUUGGCUGGUGAUAGUUGAG